UGGUUGAGAGGAGUGCGCGCGCGCGGCCAUGUCGGGGAUCUCGCUGGCGGUGGGGCCGCGGUCGGACCCGGACCAUGCGGCGGAGAGGCAGCAGCAGCAGCCGCCGUCGACGAUGCUGGGCGGCGUGAUGGGCUCGCUCCGCGUCAUCGAGCUCCAGCUCGUCGCCUUCAUCAUGGUGUUCUCGGCCUCCGGCCUCGUCCCGCUCAUCGACCUUGCUUUCCCCGUCGCCACCACCGUCUACCUCCUCCUCCUCUCCCGCCUCGCCUUCCCUGCGCUCCACUCCAAGCUCCCUCCUUCCUCCGCCUCCUCCUCCCACGAGAUCUUCCGCGGCAACUCGCUGUUCCAGGUGUACGUGGUGCUGGGGACGACGGUGGGGCUGUUCCUGCCGCUGGCGCACGUGCUGGGCGGGUUCGCGCGCGGGGACGACGGCGCGGUGAGGUCGGCGACGCCGCACCUCUUCCUCCUCUCGUGCCAGAUCCUGACGGAGAACGUGGUCGGCGCGGUGGGGGCGUUCUCGCCGCCGGUGAGGGCGCUGGUGCCGCUGCUCUACACGGUGCGCCGCGUGUUCAUCAUCGUCGACUGGGUCUACGACGCGUGGGCCAACCGCCGCGGAGCCACCGUGCAGGACGCCGCCUGGGUGUGGUUCGGCCGGUACCUCGCCGUCGCCAACCUGCUCUACUUCUCCACCAACCUCCUCGUCUUCCUCAUCCCCAAGUUCCUCCCCCGCGCCUUCGACAAGUACUUCCGCAUGCGCGACGAGGCCUACGCCAAGACCGCCGAGGACCACCCGGAGCGCCGCCACCACCACGCCGCCGCCGCCGACGCCACGCCGGAAUCGAAGAAAGCAGAUUAG